GCCAGCAGGAUCUGUUUGAUACUGUUAUUAAGUUGAAACAUUGGCAGGAGUCUGGGAAACGUUCUAUCGUAUUAUGCGAAAUGCUUUGGUUCUCUUUAUGAUUGUGUUUAAAUCUGGGAUUUAAUAAAAAAAAACUAAUUGGAACCCGAAUGAAAUGGGAUUUACUGACAGGAAGUAUUAAUUUGCUGUUACUGCUCUUAGUGGUUGACAAAGUGAGAUUUAUUUCAAAGAAAAUUUGAGCGAAAAUACUGGCAGCUUUAUGGAAUAAACCAAGGAAUGAUGAAGCUACGGGGUUACCAGUAUGUGGAUGACUAACUUCCUGUCUACGCUCGUUACCAUAGCAACACUCAGAAGCAUCCAUGCGGAAUACUACGUGGGUCUACCGGACAUUAUCACCCCAGCCCCGGAGUUUUUCCCUUCCCCGUAUAACGUGACGUUCCGGACGGGAGAAUUGGCAACGCUCAGCUGUAGUAUCAACAAUCUCGGCACGAAAACUGUGGUAUGGCGGCGGAUGGGUAACUCAUUUCCGCUCACCUCAGGGACGCUCACGGUGGUGGCCGACAAGCGCCUGCAGGUUGCACACGUUGACUUCAAGCCGAAAUGGGACCUGCUAAUCAAGGAUGUCAAAACAAAAGACGCCGGUGACUACGAGUGUCAGAUUGCAUCCAAGGACCGCACCGUACGGCGAAGGAUUACGCUCAACGUAGUCGAUCCGAUGGUUGAAAUGCCAGAAAUCCGGAUUACGGAGCCCCAAUAUGUUGAACGAGGCGAACAAGUUAUUUUGCAGUGUAAUGCUACUGGGGAGUACUAUGCCCCAGAGGAAAUGGACUGGUUUCGCAAUGGACAGAAACUUGUCUCUCAUUCGAGAAAGGGCAUUAAAAUCACCAAACAGUUUUCCAUACCUCAGAGAAGGUUUGCCAGCGUGCUGGAGAUAGAGAGAGUAUCCAUGGAGGAUGAUGGAACAUAUGUGUGUAGGAGCUCAAAUACACAGAUCACCAGCACAAAAGUUAUCGUCUUAAACGCAGAAACCUCACACAUGAAAAGAGGGACAGAAUUAGACAACUCUGCAAGUCUCCAAUCCGAUCCAAACUCAUCCGCGAAUCCAGCCCGUCUUUCGGCCUUAUGUGUGCUUGUUAUACACAUACUGGCCGAGUUUUGUGUAGGGAUCCGUUAACGGCAUGUGACAUGUCACUUAAUGUGCCCUGGCAUACCUAUUGUGUCUAUAAUUGUUUUAUACGAAGUAAACCAGCCACUACGAUGUGGCUCAUUGGGACUAAACAUGUGUUCAUAAAAUGCAUUUGUAGACAGUUUCCCAGGAUGCCCUUCUAUUGCACCGUAAAAAACUGUAAUUCUCACAUAUCAUAUGACAGUGACAGUGAACCUGCGAGUCUCUCCAAGGAAUAUCGGCACUCGUUUCACGCAAAUCCACACUUCCUUAGAUGACAAUAAAAAUGUAUCAUCCGUAUCGUUAUCAUCUUCUGCAGCGUUUGGUAUCACAGAUAAUAAAAUACAUUACGCUAUUGUGUUUACGUUAUGUCUCAUCUUGGAAAAUAUGUUUAUACGAGUGAUUCUAACAGGAAGCAAUGACAUACUCCACGUUUGCGGAUUGUUGGCGGCUUUGAAACUGCCCUUGAAAGUAAAGCCAGUACCCGUAACACAAUCGUAGAAAUGCAGUUAUAAAUCAUUUUAUGUGGAUAUUGAGGCGAAAGGCCUAAAUGUGAUCAAGAUAGAUAGUUGGUUCAUACACUUUUUUAUUUCAUUUUCAUUGAUUGUAUCAUGUAGAAUAAGUUAGUCUUGAAGAUUGUAACAUGUACAUAUUAGUCUGUUCAAAUAAAUUGUUGUUAUGUUGUUAAUAUUGUACAAUAUAGAUACUGCUAAUAAAUCUAAAUUAUACACA